GGGGUACUAAUUAAAAUUCAAUAUGCUAAAAGUCAAUAAAAAGUCAUGUACAAAUGUGUCAAUAAUUUCUUUUCGAAAACGAUCGACGAUCUACUAAAAACUUUAUCACUUGCUCUUUUCGCCUCUCUCCUCCGCAGCAGAAAAGCUUUUGCCUCGUCUGUCUCCGCCUCCUCAGCCUCUCUCUCUCUCUCACUCUCUAUCUCUCUCGUAGCCUCGCCUCUCGCUCGCCGCCGCCUCGCCUUCUCCGGCAGCACGGCACAUCAGCAGCAGCGCCGCAAGCCUGCAGAAGUCCGCCCCCACCAAUCCGCCGAGGUCGUAACUCAUUUGGGGCUUCGAACAUCCCCUUUUUCCUUCUCUUUCUUCUCCAUCCACGACUUUUGAAUAUUUAGAAGUUGUGAUCCUCGAAUUCUUUUAUCUGCUAUUCAAACCGUAUCAAUGUAUAUUUUUAUCUCCUAUUCAAACCGUACCGAUUUGUGGGGAUGAUGGGUUGGGUUUCUGAAAAAUUGAGAGAGGAGCGUCCCUGUUGAUAGAGAGAUUGGACGAUUUUUUUUCGGCAGCUACCUAGUUCAAAUAUUGAAGAUUUGACAUGGCAGCCCAUGCAGCUCUAGCCUCUCUUUUGAGUAACAUCGAUCAGAUUGUGAAUCAUCCUCGCAUUUCCACUUCCCUCGACAUAAACCAGAUCCAAUCCCUUCAGGAAAAGGCUGGUUUAUUGCUCGAUUCAUUGAGACCUACAAUUAUGGAAGAGUGAUUAGUGGAGAAGGAGCUGAUGUGGAGAGGCAAAUGGCAUGUGCAGCUCAUGCGGCUGAAGAUGUCAUUGAAAACCACAUUGUCGAUCAAAUUCUUGGUGUUGAUAGGGAAACAAAUUCCAGUUUCUUGCUCACUCUACAGAAAAAAUUAAGAGACGUGAAGAAGAAGAGGAUUCAAGAUUUGAAGGGAAGAAUUCCGUCUACUGCUCAUGCGGAUGAAGAAUCCCACAUUCAUGGUAGAUCCAACCAAGCAAGUUUCAGCCUACAACGGAUAAUUCAAGACAUGGAUGCUCUCUUGAAAAAUGCUAAUGAGUUAAAGGAGAAAGAGGGAUUGAGAGAGGAGCAACCCACACAUUCAGCUGCUAUGGUGGGAUUGAGAGAGGACCAACCCAUACAUUCUAUGGUUGGAUUUGAAGAUGAGCUGAUUCAGAUUAUGGAUGAGCUCACCAAUCAGCAAUCCAGCCGCCACAUCAUCUCAAUUGUUGGGAUGGGUGGUAUGGGUAAGACUACUCUUGCUCAUAAUCUUUAUCAAAAUUUACUCAUCAAGCAACACUUUGAUAUUCAUGCUUGGAUUACCGUAUCUCAGCAAUACAAUCUUGAAGAGAUCCUUUCACAACUUCUUUCUAGCCUAGGGAAAUCCUCUAGUACAACUGUAGAUGAAUUAGGACAAGAGUUGCAUAAGACUGUCAGGUAGAAGAUAUCUGAUUGUAUUAGAUGACAUAUGGAGUGCCCAAGUUUGGGAUGAAGUGAGGCAUUUCUUUCCCGAUAAUGGAAAUAGAAGUCGUGUUCUUCUUACUACCAGGUUGUUAAACGUGGCUAGUGCCUGUCACUCCCGUUCUUGCUUUAUGAAGAAACCCCUAGAUGAGGAUACAAGUUGGGAAUUGUUUUGUAAAAAGGCAUUCCAACAAGAAAAUUGCCCUUAUCCUCAACUUGAGAAAGUUGGAAAGGAGAUUGCUAGAUUGUGCAGUGGACUACCCUUGUCCACUGUUGUGAUUGGAGGCCUUCUUCUCAACUCAACUAGGUCUCUACAAUUCUGGGAGAAUGUUGUUAGAAAUAUAAAAUCAAGUCCUAUUGCAAAAGAAAAAGAAGAAAGCUUGGAUAUAUUAUCUUUAAGCUAUAAUCACUUGCCUCCUCAUCUAAAGCCAUGUUUUCUUUACAUGGGAGCUUUUAAGGAGGAUUCCGAGAUUCGUGUCUCCAAAAUUAUCAAACUCUGGAUUGCUGAGGGAUUUGUUAGACCAAAGGGUGCCCAGAUUUUAGAAGAGGUUGCGGAGGGUUACUUGAAGGAACUGAUUGAUAGAAACCUUUUGUCAAUUAGGAAUCAUCGUCAUAAUGGAAAAAUCAGAUCUUGUGGCGUUCAUGAUCUGGUGAGGGACCUCUGUUUGAAAGUAGGUGAGCAACAAGAAUUCUUCCAUGUAACUGAAGAUCAAAUACAAGGAACAGAGCGCCGCCUCAUAUGUGUUGUAUUCAGUUUAAUAUACAACACAAUGGAACCUCACUAGCACGCUCUAUGUUGUCAAGGACGUUCCGUGAUCCCUUGAAUCAUCAUAAAUUGCUGAGAGUUUUGUAUAAAGGCUAUCUUGUAGAACACCCAUAUGAGAAUGUUAACUUUCGCUACCUUGCUUAUAAAACACCCUUAUAAUAUUCUGUCA